AUGUCUGGCCUUCACCUUUUCUUAGGCAUCUUGGCCUACUUGAUGCUCACGUGCGCCUCACCCCUUGGCGACUCCUCUCACUUCUUUGCCGACUCUUUUGGCCCAAAAAACAUCUCAAAUUCCCGCACCGUGGUCACCGACAACACGGCAGCUGACUUUCUGACCCUGCUAUCUGCGCAAUUUGACGUCAAGAACCCCAAUCCUGCUGACAAGGGCUACGUUCGGGAUGAUUCUGACGGCCAGGGAACAACGAUCUUUGUGCUCGACAGCGGCUUCAAUCUCGAGAGGUAUCCUGAUGAGCAGUGCUUAGAUCAGCGGAGAAUCGACACGUUUGUGCUUGACCAAAACAUUCGUACCGGCGGACCACUCACCCAAGAGGAAAUAAACAAUGGCGACUACUUUCCACCAUCGGACAGCAUGGACGACAUUGCCGAUUUGUACGGGGAUAGACUGUUCCACGGCCACGGAACCCCAAUUGCCAUUGUGGCUGCCGGCUGUAAGACUGGCGUUGCGCGCAAGGCCAACCUAUAUCUUGUUAAGAUGAGCGAAUUGAUUAUGAACGCGGGAGUUCCAAGAACGGGAUUGAAUAACCCCGAGAACAUGCUGUACGCCUUUCACCACGUCCUCGCGGUGCUCAGUGGCCACCGGGGCCUUUCUAUCCCCAAGGGCAAAGCUGUGGUUCUAGUAUCCCUCUCCGUUGAGCUCAGAGAUUUCUUGAUGCAGAGGUACACGGCACAGGAGUACAGGACGAUAGAGACCUCCUACAAGAUGGUCCUGGAUGCUCUGGACCGUCAGGGUGCCACUAUCAUCAUGGCAGCAGGUAAUGGCGGCAACGAACCCGUACCUUCAUUCGUCGACGACUCUUUCCCUCAGCACCUGGCAACGCAGGACAGCCCAUACAUCAUUGUCGGGUCCACAAACAACAAGGGCCAGCUCUCGAGUUUUACCUCACCUGGCCGAGGAAACGUAAGCAGCUUCCGCAUAUCACUUUUACCGCUUUCAAGGACAAGCAUGCCCCAUUUCUAUCUUAUAGUUACUACCUACCUAAGUACAAAGACAACGCGGAUGGCAGGGUUUAGAGAGAAACUAUAG